GUGAUCUCCUAGCAAGUUUUUUGAGGGCUGCAUAGUAUCACGAUGCAGAGUGCCACUACUUGGGAUAGUUGCCUAAUUGUCGUUUUUGACUCCCGAUCUGUGAACCUGUAUUGCAAGUUCCAGGAUUAUUUGUCUCGAUGACAUUCCCUUCUGCUGUUUUUUUCCUGGUUUCUGUAUGCUGAACAAAGUUCCUGAUGAAUGGACACUCCCCUAUUGUCUUUCAGGGCAUGGGAGCUGGUGUAAAGAUGCAGCUGUGAUCCUCGGCUGUGUCUCUCAUUGAAGGGACCUGAUGUUUUACGUUAUUGGUGGGAUCACAGUAUCUGUGGUAGCUUUCUUUUUCACCAUUAAGUUCCUCUUUGAACUUGCCGCACGUGUAGUCAGCUUCCUCCAGCAUGAGGACCGGGAGCGCAGAGGAGAGCGGACAAUUUAUGACUACGUGCGAGGCAACUACUUGGACCCCCGCUCUUGCAAAGUCUUCUGGGACUGGAAGGACCCCUAUGAGGUGGGCCACAGCAUGGCCUUCCGAGUACAUUUAUUCUAUAAGAAUGGCCAGCCUUUCCCUGCUCUUCGUCCUGUGGGCCUGCGAGUUCACAUCUGCCAUGUGGAGCUAGCAAUGGAUAUUCCUGUGACCCAGGAAGUACUUCAGGAGCCCAGUUCCAAUGUGGUGAAGGUGGCAUUUACUGUGCGGAAGGCUGGGCGCUAUGAAAUCAGCAUAAAACUUGGAGGCUUGAAUGUGGCAUAUAGCCCUUACUACAAAGUCUUUCAGCCAGGAAUGGUGGUUCCUUCGAAAACCAAAAUUGUUUGCCAUUUCUCCACUUUGGUGCUGACAUGUGGGCAGCCUCACACUCUGCAGAUAGUUCCCAGAGAUGAGUAUAAUAAUCCUACCAGUAACUCGGUAUCACUGAUAGAUGAGCACAACUACAGCCUCUCAAUCCAUGAGCUUGGUCCCCAGGAAGAAGAACCUUCUGAUGUUUUGUUUGAAAAGUCUGUGGUGUCUAAUCGACAGACUUAUCAAGUUUUCCUGAGACUCACCCUACUCCGUAGGGGAUGUUUCCGUGCCUGCAUCUCCUACCAAAGCCAGCCUAUUAGCAAUGGAGAGUUCGAUAUAAUUGUUUUAAAUGAGAGUGAGAAGAGUAUCGUGGAGCGAAAUGUUUCUACCUCAGGGGUCAGUAUCUAUUUUGAGGCCUACCUUUACAAUGCUAGUAGCUAUGCCAAUACCCAGUGGCAACUUCCACCCCUGCAUUGGGGUUCCUCUCAGCGCCGACCUUCCACUGCUACUGAAGAUGAGGAUGAAGACUCUCCUUCUGACAGCCAGACCCCUGAGAAAGUGAAGAAGCCAAAAAAAGUGUAUUGCUAUGUUUCACCCAAGCAAUUCUCAGUAAAGGAGUUCUACUUGAAGAUCAUUCCUUGGCGCCUCUUUACCUUCAGAGUAUGUCCUGGCACCAAGUUUUCUUACCACGGGCCUGACCCUGUGCACAAACUGCUGACGUUAGUGGUGGAUGAUGGGAUCCAGCCUCCUGUAGAGCUGAGCUGCAAGGAGAGGAACAUCUUGGCGGCAACUUUCAUUCGCUCGCUGCAUAAAAAUAUAGGAGGCUCAGAGACCUUUCAGGACAAAGUAAACUUCUUCCAGAGGGAGCUGCGCCAGGUGCACAUGAAGAGGCCCCAUUCAAAAGUUACUCUAAAAGUCAGCCGCCACAACCUUCUGGAAUCGUCACUGAGGGCAACAAGGAAUUUUUCUGUUUCUGACUGGAGCAAAAACUUUGAAGUGAUUUUCCAGGAUGAAGAAGCCUUGGACUGGGGAGGUCCUCGCAGAGAGUGGUUUGAAUUGAUCUGUAAAGCUUUAUUUGACACUACCAAUCAACUUUUUACCCGCUUCAGUGACAACAACCAAGCUCUGGUACAUCCCAACCCCAACCGGUCACCUUUUCUGCGGCUGAAAGUGUAUGAAUUUGCAGGGCGCUUGGUUGGAAAGUGCCUCUAUGAGUCAUCUUUGGGAGGGGCUUACAAGCAGCUGGUGAGAGCUCGUUUCACCCGGUCUUUUUUGGCUCAAAUCAUAGGAUUGCGGAUGCAUUAUAAGUAUUUUGAGACAGAUGACCCAGAGUUCUAUAAAUCUAAAGUUUGCUUCAUCCUGAAUAAUGAUGUCAGUGAGAUGGAGCUAGUCUUUGCUGAGGAAAAAUACAGCAGAUCAGGACAACUUGAGAAGGAGGUUGAGCUGGUAACAGGUGGUGCUCAAAUGCCAGUUACAAAUGAGAAUAAAAUUUUCUACCUGAAUCUGCUUGCACAGUACAGACUGGCGAAUCAGGUUAGAGAGGAAGUGGAACACUUCUUGAAAGGUCUCAAUGAACUGGUCCCUGAAAACCUCCUUGCUAUUUUUGAUGAAAAUGAACUUGAGUUGCUGAUGUGUGGUACUGGAGACAUCAGUGUCUGUGAUUUCAAAGCACAUGCUGUAGUAGUGGGAGGUUCUUGGCAUUUCCGAGAGAAGGUUAUGCGGUGGUUUUGGACAGUAGUCUCCAGUUUCACACAAGAGGAACUGGCCAGGCUGUUGCAGUUCACCACUGGUUCUUCUCAGCUGCCUCCUGGAGGAUUUGCUGCACUUUGCCCAUCUUUCCAGAUCAUUGCAGCUCCGACGCACAGUACACUGCCAACAGCCCAUACUUGUUUUAACCAGCUGUGCCUCCCCACUUACGAUUCCUAUGAAGAGGUGCACAAGAUGCUGCAGCUGGCCAUCAGCGAGGGCUGUGAGGGUUUUGGCAUGCUCUGACUCCCACAGGAGGAGUCCAUCUCGCUUCCUUAAUUCUUCAGGGCAUUGCCCAGCCCCACUUCACUACUCCAGUCUCAUGCCCAACCUAAGGGCAAUGGAGAACGGAGCAGAGGCACCACGCAAACAGAAAUGUCAAUCUGCAAUGUCACAUGGAGGCCUCCCCAUGGCUGAAGUACAUUAUUGGGAGCACAUAUUGCCCCUUCCCCUUCCCAGUAUGGUACAUGAAAUGGAGUGGAGUUCUUCUCUCGAGGUGACAUGGUACUUGCAUUUCACAGGACGUUACUUGUCUGGUUUUCUGAAGGAAGAAAGCUCAUAAGCAAAGAGUUCCAAUUUGUUACAGGAAGAGAUUUGUAACUUACAAUAUUCCAGUUGCUUUGGGGAUGAAUGGACCACUAUGGAGCUCUAAAUCCCCAGAUUAUGGGAAGCCUUAAUACUUUUCCAUGCCUUUGCCCAAGUUUUCACACAAGUUAAUCCCCUUUCCACUUGGAUGUUACUGGAAGGCAUAAAAUCACCCCCACCUUGCUUUUUAAUUUUCUUAGCCACUUUCCCCUGGAUGCUGUCAGCACUUAUUCUUGCAAAAGAGGGAAGGGAGCAUUUAUGUCACUGGAUUACUAGUGCUGAUAUUGACAGUGACCUCGUUCUACCUCUAUCAAGAGCUGGCAACAGGAUAUUAUUUCUGCAGUGGCAGCAGCUUCUGUUGCCUUUGCCACGGAACUGGAAGAAACUUGUUUCUCCUCCCAUCCCUAUUUCUGACCAUGGUCAUGAACUUUGGCAGGAGCUUGUUUUCCCUACCAUCCAACUAAUUUCCCUUCCUCAUAGGAUAGAUGAAUGUAUCUACCUGAGGUCUGAUGCAUAUGCUAGCACUGACCUUUUGGGGUACUUAGAAUGCGGUGGUGGUAGGCCAAGAGGCAGCUAUGAUUGUAUGCAUCAAACAUACCUUUGUAUGCAGGUAGAGUGAGGUGAUCAGUAUUGGAUUGGGCCCAGUAGCUCAUUCUCUCUCCUAUUCUACACAGACAGGCGUCUACCUCUCCCACAUGACAGCCAGAGUAUUCUCUAGCAUGCUUCGGGCAGAGAAUUGUUAAAUAAGGUAUUGUUACCUGUGUCCUUCCCCCCGCCCCUGAUAACCUGCUUUUUGUGUUCUGAGCAUUCCAUGACAUUCGAAGUGGGGUGUGGUUAAACUGCGGGUGCUUAUCCAGGCAGUAAUGAAGUGGUGGGUCUGCAAGGCAACACAUUGCACUACCCACACUUCAGACUACAUGAGGAAGCCAAGAUGAGCUUUCAUGUACAACUGACCUCUUAAUUCUGAACACGUCCUUUCCACUGCUCCUAUUUCCUUGGCAAUGAAGGAGUGGGAAUUCAGGGAUCUCAGCUGGCAGUCUAGCCAUUUUUUUGUCAGCAAAGCCAAAAUCUGAUUGGAUUGUGAACUGAAUAUUUUGUUGGCACCGGAAGUGCAUUUCUCCUGGUCAGGAGAGAGAUGUUGGUGGCUGUUACUAAAUGGAAAGAGCCUACAAUAUGACUGCUUGGAUUGAGGGAGUCCCCCCCCCCAAGACUAGGCUCUUAAUUGGAUGUCUCAUAAGAACAAACUUAGGAAAAAUACAAUUUAUAGUUGUGCCAGCAUUUUUAGUUCAAUCAUUCUGCCAUAGUUUGGGGCUAUAGCAUUGUUCAGAUGACACAUUUUGCUAUUAUUAUUUUUAGAUAGCUGUACUCCCCCUGCCCAACAUAAGCAGAAUCAUUUGCAGAUCAGAGGGGAAAAGACAAUUUGCAAACUUGCUUAAGUAGAAGUUCAAGCCAUUGUUUUGCCAAAAAUGUUAGAACUCUGAGUAUUGGGACAACUCAGGAAUCCCUUCCUUUUGGGGCAUUUUUAGAGACCACCACUGUAUUUUCCUUCAUGGCAGGCAUAUUUCCCUUCCUUUAAGCAGUUGCUCUUUUUAAAAGCAUGUACAUGCCAUCUUAUUGCACUAAGGGCGGCUUCUGUAAUCAGUGCAGUUGGGCUCCUGAAUGCCUUUUGACGCUACCCACUCCUCUCCCCAGGGACCAAAAGGAGGUUAUGCUGUGCAGCUCAGCCAGUUGAUGGUUGUAGGGUGCUGCUUGGUGCUGUUCCAGUCCUUUGUCUUGUUCCCUGGUCUACUGGAGGCUUUUCCAGCCAUGGCUCGAGGUUGGUUCUGCUACAUCUUCCUCAGGAAUCCCCUCCUUUCUUCUUUAGAGCUCAGCUGUUUUUAUACUGAGGACUGAGUGGCUGGAUAUUCAGCAGACAUCCUCUGCUUGAAACCACUCACCUAAUAAAAUGUAUUUGGCACUUCUUGCCUCUUUGCAGAUGCGAAGGAUUUUCUUUUUACACAAGCACAGUCAGAGCAGUGGUGGAUGCUGCUAGUUCUUCGCUUAAUAAUGCACUUGUGUGUUUUCUCCUACUCUUGCCCCCAUCAUCAGCAGGUCCAUUCUUCCCAACGCUUUAUAAUUUCAAUGCACAGGCUCUGAUUUUCCUAAAUCUUACUUGUUCUUUCCUAACCUUGUGUGUUGCCCUGAUUCCCGUGCGAAGACAUGGUACGGGCUGUGCUCUAGCCAUCUAUACUGUGUGUAUGCGUGUCUUCUGAGGAGGUUUGUUCCUUUUCAUUGGCCCUAAUUUGUUCCAUCUAAUGUUAAGUGCAUUGGUUUCUAGGAUAGCGGUUAUGCUCAUGGUACAGUCUCAAGUAGAUCUCUUUCACCUGGAGCUGCUGUGGAUACCAGAGGACUUGGCCUGCAUCUGAGAACUUAUCUUGCAUGUUUUAGAAACCAAGACCUAUUACUUUAGUUUGGCCAAGGCCUGUUUCCAGAUAGCCAGCUCCAAAAGGAAUUAAGCAAGAUUAUGUAAUCCUCUAAUAGAUUAUUCUGUAAAUAGUUUGUACAAUAAAUAAAAUAUUUAAAAUUU